GUGAGCAGGUGCUCUCGUGGCCCCACAACGUCGCUGCGAUGGGGCCGCGCGAGGACUCCGCGUGCUGGUGGUAUUGCAAGAGUUGUAAGAAUGAUCGCACGGGUAAGCAGUGGUGGAACAUGGCGCAUGCGAAGAAGUGUGUGAUGUGCGGCUUGGCGAAAGGAGUCACGUUCGGGGGCAACGUUCAGCCCGCGGAGCCUUCAGUCCGCGCCAAGUCCAAGAUGCCGCCGUGGAAGUACCCGUCUGCUGAGGCGGCAGGGCAGGCGAAGAUCCGCGAGCUGGAGGCGAAGAUCAAGGAGCUUCAGGCUGAGUCUAAACGUGGGCUCUUCGGGGGCCACAUGCAGGUCGACGCUGGCGAAAAGGAUGAUGAGGCUGACAUUCGCAGAAGGCCCAAGGAGAUCGAUGAGCAGCUGGCGUUUGUGUCCAAGUACAGCAAUGAGUCGAAGGCGGGCGCAUAUGUGGAGUCGUUACGGGUCGAGAAGGAGCGUUUGCACAGCACGCUUCAGGAGUCUCGCCCCAUGUUUGCGAAGUUGCAGACCAUGUCUAAUCGGCUCAAGACGGCGGAGAAGCGGGCGGAAGCUUCGAGAGAGUUGGUGGCUGAGAGGAAAUUUCAACUUGGCGAGAUGCAGAAGAGUCUGGAGCAGGCCGAGAAGAAUCUCACAGAGCAGGAGAAGGAGGUGGUGUCGCUCAGCGCGCAGGUGCAGGAGCUCACGAAGCAGGCGCCAAUGGCUCCUGAGUCGGCAUCACUCGAAGAGAAGGGCAAGGGCAUGGCCAUGGACGUUGGUGCCUUGGGCAAGAUGCUUGAGGCGCAGGGUCUCGGCUCCGAGCAGGCGGAGGGCUUGGCGCAGGCAGGGGGCGGAGCGCCCGCCGCUGCAGCAGCAGGAGGCGCCAAGCCCAAGUCUUUGGACCAGGUGAUUGCAGAUGCCCAGGAAGAGGAGCUGCGGGAGUCGUUGGAGGCGCUUUACCCAUCCGAGUUGGCGGACCAUGUUCCCAAGGUUGUGGCAGACUCCUGUCUGGACGCUGAUGAUUGCCAGCGGGAUUUUCAGCAGUCAGACGACGUUGGCUUCGACCAGGACGAGUUCUUCGGUAUCACCGAGAGUUCGACGGCGGCGUUGACCUCUUCUUCGGCCACGUGUGGGUCUACUGGGGCCAGCACCGCUCUGGCGUCUGGUCAGCAGCCUUAUACUGACCUCAGGUUGAAGGGAGUGAUCACGUCUGCCAAUGUGGAGGGUGCAGGACCUUUCAAAAUGUUUAUGGAGACGUGCAGGUCCAAGAUCGUGGUGAUUCAGGAGCAUCGCACGUUAGCCAAGCAUCUUCCAUCGUUGCAGGCUCGCAUUCGUGAUCUGGGCUUCCAUGGUUUCUUUGGUGGGGCUGUGGAGACAG